CACAAGUUUGUCUUCUCCUCACUCACUCACUCCCUUCCAUCCCACUCUCUCAAAAACCCAUUCACAAAUGCUAUCCCUCUACAACCACCCCACCACCACCACCACCACCACCACCACCAAUCUCAAAUCCCAUUUCCCUUCAAUAACCCAUCUCCGUCAUUCACCCACAUUCCCCAAACCCAAACCCAAAACCCUAACAAAAUCCCUUCUUCAAUGGAACCGCAAACCCCAACUCUCCGGCGAAACCCCCCGUGUCGUAGUAGUCACAUCCGGAAAAGGCGGAGUUGGUAAAACAACCACCACCGCUAACAUCGGCCUUUCUUUAGCCCGUUUAGGCUUCUCCGUCGUCGCCAUUGACGCCGACGUCGGAUUACGUAACCUUGACCUUUUAUUAGGUCUUGAGAAUCGAGUCAAUUACACCGUCGUUGAGAUUCUCAACGGGGAAUGUCGACUCGAUCAAGCUUUGGUUAGAGAUAAACGUUGGUCUAAUUUUGAAUUGCUUUGUAUUUCUAAACCUAGAUCUAAAUUGCCUAUUGGAUUUGGUGGAAAAGCUUUGACUUGGUUGGUUGAAGCUUUAAAAGCCCGGGGAGAUAAAACCGGUGGAAAUGGAACUGGAACCAAUGGUUCUGGUUCCGGUUCCAGUUCCACUGGUUCUGGCUGUCCGGACUUUAUCCUGAUCGAUUGCCCUGCAGGGAUUGAUGCGGGGUUUAUAACGGCGAUUACACCGGCUAAUGAAGCGGUUUUGAUAACAACGCCGGAUAUAACUGCGUUGAGGGAUGCGGAUAGAGUGACGGGAUUGUUGGAGUGUGAUGGGAUUAGGGAUAUUAAGAUGAUAGUGAAUAGGGUUAGGACGGAUAUGAUUAAAGGUGAAGAUAUGAUGUCGGUUUUGGAUGUGCAAGAGAUGUUGGGUUUGCCGUUGCUUGGUGUUAUACCAGAGGAUAGUGAGGUUAUAAGGAGUACAAAUAGAGGGUAUCCGCUUGUUUUGAAUAAGCCUCCUACUUUGGCUGGUUUGGCUUUUGAACAAGCUGCUUGGAGACUUGUGGAGCAGGAUAGUAUGCAAGCUGUUAUGGUUGAGGAAGAACCGAAAAGAGGGUUUUUCUCGUUUUUUGGUGGUUAAUGAUCAAUUGGGUUGUUUUUUGUUCUUUUAUUAGGUGCAAGCAAGUUUGUAAUGAAUGAUUUUCUAGUGUCUGAGGAAUAUUUUUUGAAGUGAAGUUUGUUUUGAAUUGUGUAUAGUUGGAAUUAGUAAAGCUUGUUUUCCUUUAAUAUGUUAAUUCAUGAUUUAUUGCUAUUAAUUGUUAGUAUUUUGAUUUUGGUAAUGUAAGGAUUAGUUGUAUCUGUAAACACUUCAGGUGAAGAUUUGUUGCCAUUAGUAAUACAAUGUUGUAGAUGGUUUAUCA